GAUCCGGACCUUGGUCCGGAGUUUGAGAAGCCCUGAUGUAGAUGUAAACUGUAUGGGCAACUGAUAAAGAUCUCAGAUUCACACUUAGGGACGUACAGGAAACAGCAGCUGUACUUCUCUUUCUAUGCUACUCAUUAAUAGGUUACUGCCGAAAGUAAGACAGUCAGUGCAUCAUUUUACAUGAGAAAUAAAGAGCCCUGAAGAGCAGCUACUGUCUACAUCUGAGAGGAACAGGCAUCACUGAGAUAUCAUCAUGUCAGAUGAUAACGGAAAUUCAACCGGCACAUAUAACUAUGACUAUUCCGACUAUUACAAUGGAACUGGGGAAGACUUCACUCCUUGCAACAAUGCUGAUUUGCUGAUUUUCAACAAAGUGUUUCUGCCCACUCUCUAUAGCUUUGUUUUCGUCCUAGGCUUCUUAGGCAAUGGCCUAGUGGUGUGUGUCCUGGUGAAGCAUCGCAACCAGACCAACUUGACAGACAUCUGCCUUUUCAACCUGGCUCUCUCCGACCUCCUCUUUGUCCUCACGCUGCCUUUCUACUCUCACUACGCCAGGGUCGGUCAAUGGACUUUCGGAGACUUUAUGUGCCGUUUUGCCUCCGGCUCCCACAGCACUGGUUUCUUCAGCAGCAUCUUCUUCAUGGUGGUCAUGACGCUUGACCGCUACAUGGCCAUCAUGCACGCUCACAAGGUGGCACAAUAUCGCACCCUGAGGUCAGGCAUCGCCCUGACCGUGUUCAUCUGGAUGCUGAGCUUCUGCAUCUCUCUGCCGAAUAUCAUCUUCACAAAGGUGAAAAAUGACUCCAAUGGGGUGGCUUGUAAACCAGAAAACGAUGACUGGAAGCUUUAUAACAACUUCACAAUGCAUGUGUUGGGUCUAGUGAUCCCUCUGCUGGUGAUGAUAGUUUGCUACUCAAGGAUCAUCCCCAUACUGGUGAACAUGAGGAGUGCUAAAAAGCACCGUGUCGUCAAGCUGAUCCUGUCCAUUGUGAUCGCCUUUUUCUUAUUAUGGGCCCCGUAUAACCUUUCCUUGUUCUUGGAGUUUCUAAAGUCUAAAGGGUUAUUGCCAAACAAAUGCAGCGUAGAAGCCAGUUUAAGGCUGUCAAUAACGGUGACUGAGACCUUGGCUUACACUCACUGCUGCCUGAACCCCAUCAUCUACGCCUUUGUGGGACAAAAAUUCAUGAAGCGAGCCCUGCCUCUGCUGAGGAAAUGUGUGCCUGGGGUUCUUCUGCCUUCCAACAGAGACUUCUCAGAUAGCUCAUACAGGAAGAGCACAGUGUCUCAGUCCUCUGCUGUCACCUCCAUCAUGUAAAAGGUGUAGGGCAGAUUAUGUUAUGGUUUUAUGGACCAUGAAGAGUCCACAUGUGUGUUUCAAAUUUCCAUUUUUGACUGUUUUUAACCAGCAGUGUGACAUUUUAAUAAGCUGCUUGUAAGUUUAAAUCGUUUUUUUUAAUUUUAUUGCAAUGGAAUAUUUGUUUCAACCAUUCAAUUUUAGAUGCGUUGCAUAUUCUCAUCAAGGAGGCUCUGAUAGUAAUUAUUUUUAUUAUCAAAUAUUUUCAAUACAAUCUUUGUCUUGUAACCAUGAAGUCUGUUCGCUGUGAUGAGAUUAUGAGCCUGCAAAAUAAAUACAUUCAUAGUGCAUGGAAUAGCUGUCACUUUGGAAAACAAAUGUUCUUCAUAACAUCAAAUUGUUUCUCUCCCUUUGCUUGUGGAAACAGUUUCUCAUUCAUGUUUGAUUAAUCAAAACCACAAAGUAAAACAAACACAGGGUGAUGUAAAACCUUUUGAGCUGUGUAUGGGAUUUAUCAAGGAUUUCAAUCUAUAGACAACAAUGAACUCUUCCUACACACAUGUCAUUUUUCAUAAUUCCCAACAUUGUUGUAUGGCUCACAUUUGUAAAUAUGUAAAGUAGUAUGUACACAUUUUGUUUUUAACAUGGUUUUUAUACUGUUUACCUUUUUUUUAACAUAGUCUAUACAUUUUUAUACAUUCAUUCACAUAUGGGGUUUUUACUGCACAUUGUAGCUUUCUGUAGCUUUCUUACUGCCAUUGUAAUGUAACAUUAUCAAGACAAUGACAGACUGCUUCUAUAAUAAACACAUGUUCAUUAUUGUUACAUUUGGCUGAGAAGAUAUAUUAUAAUUGUCAUUAAAGAAGAGGUGCCAAA